AUGGCAUCUACUAUUCGCAUUAUUCAGAAGCUGUGGAACUGGGCAUCAAAGCAAGACCUGCAGGCAAAGCUGCAGUUACGUUACCAGGAGAUCACCAAGCAAACCCAGCUACCUCUUAGGCUGCCUGUGGGCCCCAGCCAUAAGCUCUCCAACAAUUACUACUGCACUUGUGAUGACCACCAGGAAGCUGUGCCCUCUUCCAUCAUCUCCUCACAAAUGGUGCUAGUGUCAGACAAGACGGCAGAAAGCUCAGCUGUGGCAGCCACUGAGAAGAAAGCAGUGACACCUCCUCCUCCCAUAAAUGAGUGGGAGCUGUCCAAGGACCAGCCUUACCUGCCCUAG